CAAUUUUAUCCCAAUCAAUCCCUGACAAAUAUAUGUGAUGGUGAUCCUCUCUCUCUCUCUCUCUCUCUCACGGAUUCUCCACCCAGCUCUACAUCAUAAAAUCCCACAAAAAGAUUCCUUCCUUCGUUUGUCCCUGCAAUCUCUCUCUUCCUCUCUAGAUUGAUCGCAGACGCACGGAUACAGAGGAACAGAGUAAAUGCAGAGCGGCGUAGGCUGCAGAAGAAGCCUGGCAUAGCACAUACUCCAGACUGCAAAAUAAGCCCAACACGUACUGGGUUUUUGUGACAGUCCCAACGCCUUUGUCCACACACACCAGUAUCCUUGGUCAACGACGAGCGUCCACCAAACUGUAACUAAGAAACUUGGGGAAAGAAAAAUGCUUGACACCGUGAAAUACCUCAUAGGUUCCGUCGGAGCGAGCGGCUACGGCUCCAAGUCCACCGCCGAGCAAGUCACUAAGAGCAGCUCCGAUCUGCACUCCGUCACGGCCAUUAUCACAGGCGCUACGGCAGGGAUCGGUGCCGAGACGGCUCGUGCUCUGGCCAAGGGAGGGGCUAGGCUGGUCCUCCCGGCUCGAAACCUCAAGGCUGCCGAGGAAGCCAAGGCUCGUAUUGUGUCGGAGUGUCCCGAGUCGGAGAUUGUUGUCAUGCCGCUCGAUCUUAGCUCUCUUGGUUCUGUCCGAAACUUCGUCUCCGAGUUCGAGUCCCUCGAUUUGCCUCUGAAUCUCCUCAUAAACAACGCCGGCAUGUUUGCUCACGAGCAUGCAAUUUCUGAAGACGGAAUCGAAAUGACUUUUGCCACUAAUUAUUUAGGUCAUUUUCUGUUGACGAAGCUGUUGCUGAACAGAAUGAUUGAGACGGCGAAAAACACCGGCGUUCAAGGCCGGAUAGUGAACGUGUCCUCGGGCAUUCACGGCUGGUUUUCCGGUGACAUGAUCAGAUAUCUUGGUCUGAUAACACGAAACAAGAGCCAUUACGACUCGACACGUGCGUACGCGCUCUCGAAGCUCGCCAACGUUUUGCACACCAAGGAACUUGCUCGGAGGCUGAAGCAAAUGGAGGCCAACGUGACUGCGAAUUGUGUUCAUCCGGGAAUAGUGAGAACCGGACUUACUAGAGAACGCGAAGGCCUAGUCACAGAUUUGGCUUUCUUCUUCGCUUCCAAGCUCGUGAAGACAAUUCCUCAGAUAUAGUACACAGAUAUAUUAGUUUCUUGGAAGAAAAUAUGUUUUCUAAAUGGACGGUGAAAGGAAAAAAGAAAGGAGCAUUAAGAAGGAUGGGGUCGAUUAGUACCAUGUGGUGGUUGAGUUUUGAAGAGUAUCUUUGCCCUUCUUGGGGUCCUACUUAUAACGUGCUCCGGCGGGUGGGGAAUGGGAAGAGCCACGCGUUUGAGGAAAGGAAAAUCAAAGAGCAUUUGGUUGUUUGUUUGUGUACCUCUUGCGUGAUACUCAAUUAUCAUCACAACAAAUUGUAAUUAAUCUAUUUUUUAAUGGUAAUUUAUCUAAUUCUCCGU